UUUUCGCAGGGUUUCGCGUAACGACAGAUGGCAGAAUGCUUCCGGUAACGUUGCACGUGUUACGUUGCCACGGUUUACCGAGGCUCAUUGCACCGUCGCGAUACAUAGCAACCGGUACGUCGGUGUUCAAUCGAGUCAGAGCGUCCGUGAGGAAGUAUCGUCAAGACAUGUCGUUCACAAUCGUUGAAAGAGGUGCUCUCAACACCACGGACUACAGGAUCUUUUUCAAAAAUGAUCAGGAUGUUCCAAUCUCACCCAUGCAUGACAUUCCCCUGUACGCCGAUGAGAGUACCAAGAUAAUGCACAUGAUUGUUGAAAUACCAAGGUGGACAAAUGCUAAAAUGGAGAUUUGUUUGAAAGAAACAUUGAAUCCUAUAAAGCAGGAUGUGAAAAAAGGCAAAUUGAGAUAUGUUGCUAAUUGUUUUCCCCAUCACGGAUAUAUUUGGAAUUAUGGAGCUUUGCCACAGACAUGGGAAAAUCCUGACAAUUUGGAUGAAGCAACGGGCUACAAAGGUGACAAUGAUCCUAUUGAUGUGCUUGAGAUCGGAUACAGGGUGGCAAAAAGAGGCGAAGUGUUAAAAGUAAAAGUACUUGGAACAGUGGCUCUUAUUGACGAAGGUGAAACUGAUUGGAAAAUUAUUGUAAUUGAUAUUAACGAUCCUUUGGCCGAUAAAAUGAACGACGUAAGCGAUAUCGAGAAACAGUGUCCUGGUUUGUUAAAGGCCACAAUCGAAUGGUUUAAGAUAUACAAAAUUCCGGAUGGGAAGCCGGAAAAUCAAUUUGCAUUCAACGGUGAAGCAAAACCACGGGAAUUUGCACUCCGCGUUGUUGAGGAAGUGCAUCAACACUGGCGGAAUUUAGUCAAUCAGGAAGGUUCGACUGGAAUAGUAUGUUCAAAUUUAACUGUGGAAGGAAGUCCUUUUAAAAUUACUCCCGAAGCUGCCGAGGAGGCUUUAGAAAAAGCACCCGAAUCAAUGGAACCUCAGCCUGUAGAACCGAUAGUCGAUAAAUGGCAUUACAUACAACUUAAAUGAAGAUGGAUAUCUUCGCUGAGUCAUCGAAGUGUAUCAAAGUCGGCACUACCCAUUUCGUUGCUCUCACGGUUUUUUCCCCGUGAAGCUUUUUAUUUAUCAUUUUUUUCAUCAUUUUUUUCACAAUCUACACAAUAUAAUUUACUUCGUUACAUUUAAUAAUAAUUAUUUAAAAAGCAUUUGCAAAAGAUACACACGCGGAGCGCAAUAGCGAGAAGUCCGUGGUUGCUUGUUUCACAUAAAUUUUUUAUGGUUUUCUUUUUUAAAUUUCAAGAUAAAUUCAACGUGAAAAAUACGUGAAUAAUAUAUAUAUAUUUUAAUAUAAAUAUAUUAAAUAAAUUUAUAUUUUUACAAAGUUAUUUAUUUUCAAGCUUUUCUACUUAUGCCCCGCGUAUGUAUCUCUCUCUUGUUAUUCCAUUGCAUACAAGUAGCGGCGUGAAUAUCUUCCAUGCACAUUUUAACUGAAUGGAUUAUAAUCUCAUUAGGUUGUGAUAGUUUAUACAAUUGCUUUGAGCAGUUUUGUAGGUGAAGGACAUUUGAUUUUCUCUCCAGUAUUUGUGAAAAUGAACAAAAAUAAACGAAAGUAUAUUACAUUGUCAAA